UAAGUCAAAUCACCUCAGUAAUCUUCAGGUCGGAAAGUUGCAGCUCUAGAAAGAUGGUCCAGCUUCCGAUUUUGAAUUCCGAUGACAGUUCAAAAGUGUUUCCCCCCUAAAUCCCAGUUGUCAUGAACGGACUAAAGUCGAAUAUUUCCGAGUUUCCAAUUGUUUUGAACGCGUUAUAAAUGAAAAUAGCAGACGCAACAGGGAUCUGGAAACGUUGAAGAAGUAUCCUAGAUUAUAUCCUUGUAUUUCCGUGUUUGUACAUUAGCUGUUCCCGCACCUGGAAAAAGUGGAUAAGUGUUUGUUUUCUUCUCAGGUGUUUAUUGUCGUCAACCACCCAAAUAAGGAUCAUCAACCAUGUCCACCUCUAUCACAACUGCAAAUGGAGUUGUGGUAGUGACACAAGUGUUCCCCUUGGUGGAGAGUGGCAAGGCUUCAGAGCCACUUCUGAAUGUCACUCCCCAAAUCCAGAGUGCGCCCCUCGCUGUGCCACUGCCUACCACUAAAGUGUCAGAGAUGACAAGGGUGUUCCUGCAGCUUCAGCCACAAUCUCUUGGGAUUGUGCAGAUUGUCCUUGGAUUGGUGUGCAUGGUGAUGAGCCUGUCUGCUCUUCUCUCCCCUAUCCUGUAUGACCAGUUCCCACUCUUCAUGGGAGUUGCUUUUGUCCUCUCUGGAUCUCUCACUGUGGCUGCCCGGAAAGGAACAUGUUUGAGUCUGAUUAAAGGGACUCUGGCUGUGAAUGUCGUCAGUGUUCUUGUGGCUCUGGCUGGGGUUGCCUAUCUUUGCAUGCUGCUGACUGUAAAACAUGAAGAUGGUUUAUGCAUCGAAACUGAUGACAACUAUACUUCCAAUUCCAACCAGAACAGGAUACAGGAAUGCACAAGUACGGUUAGGACAAUAUAUACAGUCUUGAAUGGGGUAAAGGGCCUACUGCUGGUCCUGACGGUGAUGGAGCUCUGUGUGGCUCUCACUGUCUGUGUCUUCUCUGGGAAAGUCAUUCACCUCCAUGGGUACUACAGCCUGAGCCGUGGCCGGGGGAUGGUGGUGGUAGAGACUGGUACUGACCCCACCGGAGCCAGCCAGGCCUCCCUGAGCGACAGUGAUGUGGCCUUACUGGGCAGUGUUGAAGAUUCUGACACCCCGACUCCACCAUACUCUCCUUGAGGCAGAACCAUGCCAUACACCUCACCCUACUUCUUACAACACAUAUUGCAUUGUAGUAUACCCUAUGUACUCAUGUGUUUCUCUUCUUUGAAUUCGUUAUUUCACAAUUGCUUACCUAAACUCUGCAUGAAGAUUAUCAUUAGGAAGUGUGACACGCUGCGAAUGUGUCUGAUUGUUUUGUCAUCAAUGUGAGCAGUCGUGUCCUGGUGAUGGUUCUGUCCUGAUGAAUGUAUUGCUCUGUAGUGGUUCCUAAUAUAUCAAGUAGGACUGUUAUUCGCUUUGCUAUUUCAUAUUACUGUAGAGUUAAUAUCUUGAUUUCUGACAGUGUAUCAUUCUUUCAUUCAAUAAAUGGAACAUUUCCUCUUCAA